AUGCCACCCUCGCCCCUCGAAGAGCGGAUCGGGGUGCUGCAGAGGCCCAAGACUUUAGCCCUGCGCCUCACCCACAGCUUUGUCACCCAAGGCAGUGGCGGGGAGAAGCCGCUGUCCCCGUCCACCCCUGCCACGGGCCGAGCGGGCAGCCAGGAUCCCUGCGAAGCCAUCCGCCGAAGCAGCGUCCUUCUCCCCGGCCAUUCUCACACCCUCGACCUCAAGCCUCAGGGACGAGGCUCCGAGCGCGGCUUGGCCUGGCCGCCGGAACCUAAGCAGGGCGAGAAGAAAGGGGCGCUUACCCCGCAGCUGAAGGCGCUCCUGCCCCAGGCCAGGCUCAAGAAGCGGGGUCUCAAGGAGAACGCCGACCCUUUGGGAGAGGCGUCCCCCAGCUCGACGCUCUCCAGCCCCGCCACCACCAUGCACCCCUUAAAGUGCGGCUGCUGGGGCUGCUGGCGGCUGAUGCGUUGCGAGGAGGCCGGGGCCAAGUCCGGUCUGCGCUCCUUGGGCUGCUUCUCCUCCAGCCGAUCCAGCCUGCGCUCUCUCAGCUGCCCCGGCUGCAGCCCGCAGUCCAUGAAGAAGCUGGGGUGCUUCUCCUGCACCCCCGUGGCCCUGCGCUCCCUGGCCUGCCUGGCGUGCAACCUCUCCGUCAAGUCAGCCAGCUCCUCCUGCAGCUUCUGCAGCAGCGACCCCAUCGUGGCUUACGACCCCCGGGUGGGGCCCUCCCCGGCGCCCAGCUGCUACGGCGGGGAUGAAGAAGAGGACGAGGAAGAUGAUGAUUAUAACACCCGCCCCGCCUGGCCCGACGAGCUAGCCAGGAAGAUGAACAAGAAGUCGUCCCUGCCCCUGUCGCAGCCCCCGUGGGGCCAGCCGCCAUCCUCCCCCUUGAUCCUGGACUGCCGCAAUCUGGUGGAGUUCACCAAGACUCAGCUGCAAGGCGCCAUGCGCUUCGGAGUCGCCGACGCGCCGGGACGGCGGCGUUUCCAGCAAGGGAAACUGGCUGUGCUGGACUUCCUCUCUUCGAGGGGCACCGGCGACGGCCGGGACUCCUCGCGGCAAUGCCUGUGGUCCAAGGAAGGAUCUGGCUGCGGAGGGGUCCUGGAAUCCCCACCGGCUAGCCCCCCCAAGCCGCCCAAAAUCCAGCCUAUGCAGAACCUGCACCUGGUCCUGGAUUUGGUACACAGGGAUGAGCAAGGCCUUGGGAAGAGAGGCAGUCCGAUUGGGUCGGACGCCCCGGAGAUCUCGGAUGAGGUGGGCUCCCCGCUGACCCCCGACUUAGAGAACGCCGAGCUGAGCCCCAUCCUCCCCUUCCUCUACCUGGGCAACGAGAGGGACGCCCAGAACCUGGAGGUGUUGCUCCACCUCAACGUAGGCCAUGUUCUCAACGUCACAACGCACCUGCCUCUCUACCACGCCGACAGCGGGCCCCUCCGUUACAAGCGGCUGCCUGCCACCGAUAACAACCGACAGGACCUGCGGCAAUAUUUCGAGGAGGCGUUUGAGUUCAUCGAGGAGGCCCACCAGAGUGGCAAGGGAGUCCUUGUCCACUGCCAGGCCGGCGUCUCGCGCUCGGCCACCAUCGUCAUCGCGUACCUGAUGAAGCACACCUUGAUGACCAUGGGCGACGCCUACAAAUACGUCAAGGGCCGCCGGCCCGUCAUCUCGCCCAACCUGAACUUCAUGGGGCAACUUUUGCAGUUCGAAACGGACCUCAACGCCGGCGUCACGCCCCGCAUCCUCACCCCCAAGCUGGCCGGCGUGGAGACGGAAGUGUGA